ACAGACGUGUCUGUGUUGAACCGAAGGAAACAACAGACACGAGAAGCGUUUGGUUUCAGUCUGUGUGCUAAUGCUAAGUCCACGUUCCCCUCCGUGUGCUGCGGGUUCUGAUGAUCAGCACGGUGAAGUUGAACUUAUUUAACUUAUUAAACUAAACUCGAACGAGAGGAGUGCGGAUGUUCGCUGGGUCAACGUCAGCUCCCUCAGGCUAAAUGUUGAAAACCACAUGUGCACAGUGUACACGGUGAAGAGAGGAAGUAUCAGACAGUUGUAGAAACAGGAAUAUAUUUGCAGUAAAUCCUACGAACUGUGUACUUUGUGUUCUGAGUGUCACUGGUGUGUGUGGCUCAAUAAAGUUUUAUCUUAACAACACGUGAGUGAGUCAACUCUUCGCCAUCCGGUCACAGCAAGAAACUUUUCACUCUAAAACCUCUGAAGCACGAUGGCCUCGCAGGUCAGACUGAGGCUGCUGCCCGGCACCAGGUGCUUGUUCGACGAGCCCCUCCAGGUGACGGUGGCCGGCCUGAGGUCUCGGCAGGUGGUCGCCCUGAGAGCCAGGUCGACGGACGAGAAGGGGACGGUGUUCAGCUCCUCGGCCACCUACAGGGCCGACGGGAGCGGGGAGAUCGACCUGGGCAGAGACCCCUCGCUCAGCGGCAGCUACGUCGGGGUCGAGCCCAUGGGUCUGCUGCGGUCGAUGGCGGCGGACACCGCGCACAAAAGGUUUCAGAAAACGAACUCACUGAACCCCCAUGUGGUGAAGUUCUCUGUGCAUGAGGUGGAGGGGCAGGGCAGGAUGCUGGUAGAAGUGACCAAUGAAAGGAUUCUGAUGGCGGACGGCGUCGGCAGGCGUCCUGUCAAAGAGGGGAACAUUCGUGGAUACCUGUUCACUCCACCUGGUGAAGGUCCGUUCCCCGCUGUGUUGGACCUGUACACGUUCGGCGGAGGUUUAUCCGAGAAAAGAUCGUCUCUGCUGGCCAGCCGAGGAUUCGUGGUUCUGACCGUGGCGCUGUACGGACACGACGACCAGCCGAGGAACAUCAAAGAGGUUCACCUGGAUUAUUUUGAAGGAGCGAUUGAGUUUUUAAAAAAGCAAGAUAAGGUGGGCAGUAAAGGAGUUGGUUUAAUAUCCCUUUCGAAAAGUGGAGAUCUUGCUCUUUCCAUCGCCUCUUACCUGCCACAUGUUGAUGCCACAGUGUGGAUCAACGGCUGCUGCGCCAACACAGUGUUACCCCUCUACUACAAGAAAGAAAAGAUCCACCCUCCGUUACUGUUUGACGCCGAGAAGGUCAUUGUCACCGAGUCGGGGGCCUGCAUCACCAAGGACGCCAUGCACAGCCCCUGGGCAGAGGAGAACAAGGCCACCUUGAUCCCCAUCGAACGGGCGAAGGGACGUUUCCUGUUCGUAGCUGCGGAGGCCGACCUCAACUGGGACAGCAAGGCUUACCUGGACGUGAUGGUGGAGAGACUGAAGCGUCACGGGAAGGACAACUUUGAAAGUGUUAGUUACCCAGAGGCAGGGCACUACUUGGAGCCUCCUUAUGGGCCUUACUGCCCCUCCAGCUUUCACGGGGUUAUGGGUAAGCCGGUGGCGUGGGGGGGCGAGUCCAGGUCCCACGCGGCCGCUGAGGUUCACCUGUGGAAGAAGAUCCAGGAGUUCUUCAGAUCCCACCUGAGCUGUGACGGUGUCACACAGAAUAAAGCCAAGUUAUAGAUGCGAAGACGUCAAACAAACAUCCGGUGCCUGAUCGUGCUGAUGGUUUGUGUAACAACCAUCUGUACUCGUUUAAUGCAACUCCUCGUCUGUUAGCGCAGAUGAGCGGUGAUCGUUAACACGAGGCUCCGACAGCCACAACUCCCGUGUGACUUCAAUCGUUUUUCUUCUGAUGAUCUUCCUCCGUUUGCGCCCACACGUGAACUGUUGAACCUCUGCGUCACGUCUUUCAUCUCCUCGCUUUGUUUAAUCGCAUCUUUUACCAAAGGAGAAGAUUAAAGGAGACUUAGAGCGACCCAGUGUUCCGGCUGUGCCUUGAAAUGAUGCACCUGCAUCAUGACUCCGGCCGCAGCAGCAGAAAUGAACAUCGUCUCACCACGCAGCGGUCCACGUCUGACAGGAAAUCCAUCACGACGCCGUGUUAAACUGGGAUUGCGGCCGCAGGCUCCUCGCGUACACGGCGUUUAAACUGCUGUAUUUUUAAUGAGGAAAAGGAAGCAGCGCGCAGGAAGUGGUGGUGAAAGUGGAAACAAAUAGAACAAACUUCCUGACACUGAAACACGGUUUUUAAAGUGACAGUUUUCUAACACGUCUGGUUUUUCUCUCGUCGUCUGUUUCUUUGUGAAGAUUUUGAUUUUUGAAAUAAUCUGUUUGCUGAUUAAUCAACAGCCGCCACUAAGAACGAAAACACACUCGUUCUCUUUUAAAAUAAAAUUUAACAAGCAAA